GUAGGCGACCAAAGUUAAUCUCCGUUCCCAAGUGACAGCCAGAUGCUCCACGCCUAAGGUGGAUUAGCUCUGCUGCGUUUGUCCGGUCUUGGUAUGCAGCUAGUCGGUGCUUGGUUCCUGAUUGAACUACGGGGCAUGCUCCUGAUCGGCUGAAUUGGAUGCCACGAACUGGUACUCGGGUUGGCCAUCAUUUGGCUUAGGUGUUGCCCAAAGCAGACACACUGGCAGAAAAUCUUGCGCAUCGUUGCUAGCUAGAGUGUCUUUAAGAAUGGACCGACUGGCGUACCUGCUCACCCACAACAGGAGUAUCUGAAGUCAAAGUAAAGUCAACAUUACUGGAUAAUGAUGUCAUGGCAGCUCAGCCUAUGGGAAUUGUCGAUGGAAGUGAGGGCACGUCUCGAACUGCGACUAGAAUUCCCCCUUGUCAUGUUGAUGUUCGCCGUGGAUGGCAAAUCGUCAAGUGCGGGUGGAAUGGGGCAGAUGGGUCGAUGGGUCGAUGGCGACAGCAGACUGUAAUCACAUUCGUGGAUGUCAAGCCACAGAUGAUGAGGUUCUAGUCAUCAUCUCUGCUGUGAUUAGAUAAGGGAAGUGCAGGGGGGUAAAUUGCUCUCCGUGUAGAGAGCCGACUAUCCGGUCCAGAUAGGAAGUACUAUAUACAAUCUGCUGGCAAUCACGGCUCGGUAGGGUUCGGCUUUAGUUGAACGAUGGGUGGUGGUGGUGGUGGUGGUAAGGGUGGCGGCCACAUUGUGUUUAUAGCAAAGUCGGAGAACGGAAGCU